AUGGCACAGCACAGCCAGGAGGCUCAGUCCAGCCAGGAGGUACAACCAGGAGGUAUCACCAGGAGGCUCAGUACAACCAGGAGGCUCAGUAUAGCCAUGAGGUACAACCAGGAGGCUCAGUACAGCCAUGAGGCUCAGUACAACCAGGAGGCUCAGUACAACCAGGAGGCUCAGUACAACCAGGAGGUACAAACAGGAGGCUCAGUACAACCAGGAGGCUCAGUACAACCAGGAGGCUCAAUACAACCACCAUAAAGAAAAGCCUCUUAAUCCCACAUGAAAUAGUCUUAACAGCUGGGGAAUAUACAGGUGUAGGAUCUUAAUUUGACCAGUAUUGUCACAGCAAAAUAAUCCUGCAGCAACAGGAUUUGAAUGUUUAGUCCAUAAUGUUGUUUGAUCAGUGGUAAGGCUAUUAGCUGGCCAAAAGUAGGCUACAUGAAAAGUGCAAUACUGUUAAUAUAACCAUGUGUUAAUGUGGGUUUUCAGUGAAUUUAGGUAAAUCACAAAGCUCAUCUGCAUUUCCUGUGGUGCAGGAAAAUUCUCAGCGAGUGAUCAAAUUAAGGUCCAACAUCUGUACUGGGUUAGAGCUGUCUGCCUGUCUGUCUGUCUGUAUCUCUCCUGCAGCACACAUGCAGCUCUGACAGGACUCAAUCCCUGCUAAACGCCUAACCUACAACCCACAACCCACUGCAUGCAUGCCAAUGUUGAUUUGCCAUUGGCUUAAAGUGGUUGGAUCUGGGGGGAGAAUGUUUCAAAGGCUGAGACAUGAGGCAGGCCUGCAAGCCAGGUGGAACUCUGGCAGAGUAGUCCUCUACACUGCAAGACUUCUAACACUGAUUCUGUACAAUAUGUUGGUCUUGUUUGUAAUGUCCUGUGAGGACUGUGGAUUGCUAGACAAUUUCAUGCCAUUUCAAAACAGCUGAGUUGUUGCAAAAUCCUCAUCUCUGCCCCCUUAUCAUCCUGUAACAUCCUUGUUGUGGUUUAAAGGCCCAGUGCAGUCAAAAAUGUGAUUUCCUUGUGUUUCAUGUAUAUUUCUACACUAUGAGUUUGGAAUAAUACUGUGAAAUUGUGAAAAUUAUGAUAAUGCCCUUUUAGUGUAAGAUUGAAAAGACCGGCUGAAAUGUCAGCCUGUUUUGGUGGGAGGGGUGGCGGUGGAAACGCAAAUAUUGAUAUAAUAACCAUCAUAUCGAAGUAAACUUGGAGUCACGCGAUGAUAUGUUGUGUGGUCCUCCCACGACUCAGGAAACCAUGCAGUUGAUUAGGCUACAGAUUAAAUAAAUAAUGAUGAACUUCACAGGGUGGUGAAAGUGUAUGGUGAUGAGCUUGAUGCUCCUUUCCAAUAAAUAUUGAGGGUCUUAUACUGGUGACAUGAUGAUCGAUGUUUUGGCUACCAAUUGACAAAUAAAAAUAAUCUGGCUCUUUUGUCCAUAAUAAUAUCAUCAUGUAGGCUAUAGCCGCACUGUAUCUGGCAAUCUGUUCUCUAGAGCGCACGUGCCAAGACCAGAGUGGGCACAUCAUAUUUUAUUGGUCGCAUACACAUAUUUAGCAGAUGUUAUUGCGAGUGUAGCGAAAUGCUUGUGUUCCUAGAUCCAACAAUGCAGUAAUAUCUAACAAUACACAACAAUACAUGCAAAUCUAAAAGUAAAAGAAUGGAAUUAAGAAAUAUAGAAAUAUUAGGACAAGCAAUGUCGGAGUCCGGAGUAGAAAUAUAUAUGUGAUGGGAUGUAUAGACAUUAUGGACAGUAUGUGGAUAGAAUAUAUAGUAUAUCUGUAGAAUACGUGGAUAGAAUAGUAUAUGUACAGCAAUAGUUAAAUAGGAUGGACUUGACUAGAAUACAGUAUAUACAUAUGAAAUGGGUAAAACAGUGUGCAAACAUUAUUAGUGACCAGUGUUACAUUAUUAAAGUGACCAGUGUUCCAUGACUAUGUACAUAGGGCAGCAGCCUCUAGGAUGCAGGGAUGAGUAACUGGGUGUUAGCCGGCUAGUGACAGUGACUAAGUUCAGGGCAGGGUACUGGGUGAGGCCGGCUAGUGAUGGCUAUUUAACAGUCUGAUGGCCUUGAGAUAGAAGCUGUUUCUGAGUCUCUCAGUCCUAGCUUUGAUGCACCUGUACUGACCUCGCCUUCUGGGUGAUAGCGGGGUGAACAGGGCGUGGCUCGGGUGGCUGAGGUCCUUGAGGAACUUUUUGGCCUUCCUUUGACACCGGGUGCUGUAGAUGUCCUGAAGGGCAGGCAGUGUGCUCCCAGUGAUACAAUGGGCUGACCGCACCAACCUCUGGAGAGCCCUGCGGUUGUGGACAGUGCAGUUGCCGUACCAGGCGGUGAUACAGCCUGACAGGAUGUACUCAAUGGUGCAUCUGUAAAGGGUCUUUGUGGGGGUCUUAGGGGCCAAGCCAAAUGUCUUCAGCCAUUUUAGAUUGUCAGUGAUUUGUACGCCGAAGAACUUGAUACUUUUCACCUCCACUGCGGCCCCAUCGAUGUGGAUAGGGGGGUGCUCCCUCUGCUGUCACCUGAAGUCCACGAUGAGCUCCUUCGUUUUGUUGACGUUGAGGGAGAGGUUAUUUUCCUGGCACCACUCCGCCAGGGCCCUCACCUACUCCCUUUACGCUGUCUCGUCGUUGUUGGUAAUAAGGCCUACCACUGUUGUGUCGUCUGCAAACUUGAUGAUUGCGUUGGAGGCGUGCUUGGCCACGCAGUCAUGGGUGAACAGGGAGUACAGGAGGGGGCUGAGCACGCACCCUUGUGGGGCCCCUGUGUUGAGGAUCAGCGUAGUGGAGGUGUUGUUUCCUACCUUCACCACCUGGGGGCGGCCCGUCAGGAAGUCCAGGACCCAGUUGCGUAGGGCAGGGUUCAGACCCAGGGCCCCAAGCUUAAUGAUGAGCUUGGAGGGUACUAUGGUGUUGAAGGCUGAGCUGUAGUCAAUGAACAGCAUUCUUACAUAGGUAUUCCUCUUGUCCAGAUGGGAUAGGGCAGUGUGCAGUGCAAUGGCGAUUGCAUCAUCUGUGGAUCUAUUGGGGUGGUAUGCAGAUUGCAGUGGGUCUAGGGUGUUGGGUAAGGUGGAGGUGAUAUGAUCCUUAACUAGCUUUUCAAAGCACUUCAUGAUGGCAGAAGUGAGUGCUACGGGACCAUAGUCAUUUAUUUCAGUUACCAUCACUUUCUUGGGUACAAGAAUAAUGGUGGACAUCUUGAGGCAAGUGGGGACAGCAGACUGGGAUAGGGAGAGAUUGAAUAUGUCUGUAAACACUCCAGCCAGCUGGUCUGUGCAUGGCUAGGGAUGCCGUCUACGCACGGCUAGGGAUGACGUCUGGGCCGACAGCCUUGCGAGGGUUAACACACUUGAACGUCUUACUCACGUCGGCCACAGAGAGCGAGAGCUCACAGUCCUCGGGAGCGGCCCGUGUCGGCGGCACUGUGUUAUCCUCAAAGCGGGCGAAGAAAGUGUUUAGCUUGUCCGGGAGCAAGACAUCGGUGUCCGCGACGUGGCUGGUUUUCCCUUUAUAAUCCGUGAUUGUCUGGAGUCCCUGCCAUGUCUCAGCCAUUGAAUUGCGACUCCACUUUGUCUCUAUACUGACUGUUUUGCCUGUUUGAUUGCCUUACGGAGGGCAUAACUGCACUGUUUGUAUUUGAUCAUAUUCCCAUUCACCUUGCCGUGGUUAAAUGCGAUAGUUCACGCUUUCAGUUUUGCGCGAAUGCUGCCAUCUAUCCACGGUUUUUGGUUUGGAUAGGUUUUAAUCGUCAAAGUGGGAACAACAUCCCCUAUACACUUCCUGAUGAACUCAGUCAGAAGAUUCUCUAGGGAGAUAAUGCAGUCUGCAUUUUAUUGUGAAGUAUUCUAGGUCGGGUGAACAAAAGGACUUGAGUUCCUGUACGUUACCACAAUCACACCAUGAGUAGUUAAUCAUGAAACAUACACCUCCGCCUUUCUUCUUACCGGAGAGUUCUUUAUUCCUAUCCGCACGAUGUAUUGAAAACCCAGCUGACUGAAUGGACGGGGAUAGUAUAUCCGGAGAGAGCCAUGACUCUGUGAAACAGAGUAUGUUACAGUCCCUGAUGUCUCUCUGGAAGGAGAUCCUCACCCUGAGCUCGUCAACUUUAUUGUCCAGGGACUGAACAUUAGCGAGUAAUAUACUUGGAAGCGGUGGAUGGUGUGUACGCCUCCAGAGUCGGACUAAAAGUCCACUCCAAAUACCUCUUCUCCGCCGAUGGUGUCUUGGAGCUGCCUCUGGGAUAAGUUCAAUCGCCUUGGAAGGUACGAACAAAGGAUCCAAUUCAGGAAAGUCGUAUUCCUGGUCGAAAUGCUGGUGAGUUACCGCCUUUCUGAUAUCCAAAAGUUAUUUCCGGCUGUAUGUAAUAAUGCAAAGGACGUUCUGGGCUAAUAACCUGAGGAAUAACAUUAAAAAUAAUAUUGUCAAUUUGCUUAGGAGCCUGAAACCAGGCGGCCAUGUCUAUCCGUGCCAUCUGCAAUGACUCAUUUAUAUCACGCAAAGGUUUUUGUGACAAAAUCAUCACUAGAGUUGAAAACACAUUUCACUUGUAUUUUUUUUCAGUACUUAAUUGUUACCCAGAAAUGAUUUGAUAAUAAGAUACAAACUGCUGCAUUGGACCUUUAAGGAAUAACUUCAUGGUUUUGGCUGGUAGAAAGCCCAUCUCCCCCCUAUUUUCCACUAAGCCAGGUACUCUCAUAAGAUUUCACAAUAUUUAUGAUUAGCUGUUACAUAUUUCUUCCUCUGGCAGAUAAACACACCCUUUUAAACAAUUCAGAGUCAGACACUAACUAGAGGUAAGAGACAGAACUAGUCUGUUUGGUAACAUCGCUAACAGACCAGACACUAACUAGAGGUAAGAGACAGAACUAGUCUGUUUGGUAACAUCGCUAAUAGACCAGACACUAACUAGAGGUAAGAGACAGAACUAGUCUGUUUGGUAACAUCGCUAACAGACCAGACACUAACUAGAGGUAAGAGACAGAACUAGUCUGUUUGGUAACAUCGCUAACAGACCAGACACUAACUAGAGGUAAGAGACAGAACUAGUCUGUUUGGUAACAUCGCUAAUAGACCAGACACUAACUAGAGGUAAGAGACAGAACUAGUCUGUUGGUAACAUUGCUAACAGACCAGACACUAACUAGAGGUAAGAGACAGAACUAGUCUGUUUGGUAACAUCGCUAACAGACCAGACACUAACUAGAGGUAAGAGACAGAACUAGUCUGUUUGGUAACAUCGCUAAUAGACCAGACACUAACUAGAGGUAAGAGACAGAACUAGUCUGUUUGGUAACAUCGCUAAUAGACCAGACACUAACUAGAGGUAAGAGACAGAACUAGUAUGUUGGUAACAUCGCUAACAGACCAGACACUAACUAGAGGUAAGAGACAGAACUAGUCUGUUUGGUAACAUCGCUAACCGAUCAGACACUAACUAAAGUCUAUUAAUCUAAAGUGGAAGUUGGGAGAGUUAUAUUUGAGUGUUUCAGUGAAACGUGAGGGAGGCCCCGCUCUCUCGCUUUCCCAGAUGCUUAGUUAAUUUCAUUACGAUCUCCUUUGCAUUAUUGUAGCCUUUUCUGUAGCCUGUCAACUAUGUGUCUGUCUAUCCCUGUUCCCUCCUCUCCGCACAGGCUAUACAAACGCUUAGAGUGGCACCCCAAUGGUGGAACAAGCUCCCUCAUGACGCCAGGACAUCGGAGUCACUGACCACCUUCCGGAGACACUUGAAACCCUACCUCUUUAAGGAAUACCUGGGAUAGUAUAAAAGUAAUCCUUCUACCCACCCCCACAAAAAUAAAUAAAUAAAUUUUAAAAAACAAAAUAAAAAAACAAUAUAUAUAUAUAAAACAAAUGAAAAUUAAAAAUAUACUCUAAAAAUUAAAAAAAAAAAAACUUUGAAAACUAUACAAAAAAUUAAUUGUAAAGUGGUUGUCCCAUUGGCUAUCAUAAGGUGAAUGCACCAAUUUGUAAGUCGCUCUGGAUAAGAGCAUCUGCUAAAUGACGUAAAUGUAAAUGUAGUAUGGUGCUCUCAUUCCAGCCAUUCAAAAUCCUUCCCUCCUCUCUAAGCCAAUCAUAUGUCAGGCUCCCUCUGAGAGGAAGUGACAUUGGAAGGGAGCGUUCUCUUCCGGGUGUCUCUAAUGUGUUUCCCUCCUGUGACCAUGGAUCCUCCACGUAGCGCCAUGGCCACAUGAUGCAACAGUCCCUCAGCCACCUUACCCCAUCAUAGGCCAGGGCUACUGACUCAGCCCACCUAUCACAGCCAGCUGCACACACACACACAAUAAUGCAUAGGCAAUCUGUGCACUCCCACAUACAGUGGGGAAAAAAAGUAUUUAGUCAGCCACCAAUUGUGCAAGUUCUCCCACUUAAAAAGAUGAGAGAGGCCUGUAAUUUUCAUCAUAGGUACACGUCAACUAUGACAGACAAAAUGAGGACAAAAAACCCAGAAAAUCACAUUGUAGGAUUUUUUAUGAAUUUAUUUGCAAAUUAUGGUGGAAAAUAAGUAUUUGGUCACCUACAAACAAGCAAGAUUUCUGGCUCUCACAGACCUGUAACUUCUUCUUUAAGAGGCUCCUCUGUCCUCCACUCGUUACCUGUAUUAAUGGCACCUGUUUGGACUUGUUAUCAGUAUAAAAUACACCUGUCCACAACCUCAAACAGUCACACUCCAAACUCCACUAUGGCCAAGACCAAAGACCUGUCAAAGGACACCAGAAACAAAAUUGUAGACCUGCACCAGGCUGGGAAGACUGAAUCUGCAAUAGGUGAGCAGCUUGGUUUGAAGAAAUCAACUGUGGGGGCAAUUAUUAGGAAAUGGAAGACAUACAAGACCACUGAUAAUCUCCCUCGAUCUGGGGCUCCACGCAAGAUCUCACCCCGUGGGGUCAAAAUGAUCACAAGAACGGUGAGCAAAAAUCCCAGAUCCACACGGGGGGACCUUGUGAAUGACCUGCAGAGAGCUGGGACCAAAGUAACAAAGCCUACCAUCAGUAACACACUACGCCGCCAGGGACUCAAAUCCUGCAGUGCCAGACGUGUCCCCCUGCUUAAGCCAGUACAUGUCCAGGCCCGUCUGAAGUUUGCUAGAGUGCAUUUGGAUGAUCCAGAAGAGGAUUGGGAGAAUGUCAUAUGGUCAGAUGAAACCAAAAUAGAACUUUUUGGUAAAAACUCAACUCGUCGUGUUUGGAGGACAAAGAAUGCUGAGUUGCAUCCAAAGAACACCAUACCUACUGUGAAGCAUGGGGGUGGAAACAUCAUGCUUUGCGGCUGUUUUUCUGCAAAGGGACCAGGACGACUGAUCCGUGUAAAGGAAAGAAUGAAUGGGGCCAUGUAUCGUGAGAUUUUGAGUGAAAACCUCCUUCCAUCAGCAAGGGCAUUGAAUAUGAAACGUGGCUGGGUCUUUCAGCAUGACAAUGAUCCCAAACACACCGCCCGGGCAACGAAGGAGUGGCUUCGUAAGAAGCAUUUCAAGGUCCUGGAGUGGCCUAGCCAGUCUCCAGAUCUCAACCCCAUAGAAAAUCUUUGGAGGGAGUUGAAAGUCUGUGUUGCCCAGCGACAGCCCCAAAACAUCACUGCUCUAGAGGAGAUCUGCAUGGAGGAAUGGGCCAAAAUACCAGCAACAGUGUGUGAGAACCUUGUGAAGACUUACAGAAAACGUUUGACCUGUGUCAUUGCCAACAAAGGGUAUAUAACAAAGUAUUGAGAAACUUUUGUUAUUGACCAAAUACUUAUUUUCCACCAUAAUUUGCAAAUAAAUUCAUAAAAAAUCCUACAAUGUGAUUUUCUGGAGAAAAAAAAAUCUCAUUUUGUCUGUCAUAGUUGACGUGUACCUAUGAUGAAAAUUACAGGCCUCUCUCAUCUUUUUAAGUGGGAGAACUUGCACAAUUGGUGGCUGACUAAAUACUUUUUUCCCCCCACUGUAUAUCCAAGAUGCUGAGGCAGGUGUUUCAGUAAAGGCUGCCAUGUAAAAUGUGGCCUAUUGUCAACUAAAAUGAACUAGAUUGUAAAACGUCAUAAAUAAAUGACUUGUCUGAUCUUCUUCUUUGAUUCAGCAGGCCCAGAGCCAAUGAGAGCCCUUUACUUUGAUAAAUGGCUGCAUCGACAGUCAGAAAGCAUAGGGAGGCAAGCCCAGGGCAAUAAACAACAAAAAGGACUGCAUCAACCAGGAUAAAACAAGGUAGUAUUCUGGUCCCAGAUGACUGCACUAUUAUUUACAGACAUGCCAGACCAGGCCAGACCAGACCAGCAGACAGAGAGGUAUAUAUCUGACUCUUCACAAAAGGAGAGAUCAAACACAAGGAUCCUUUCUUUAAACGACGUACAGCUAGGCUGCACAGCACUCCCAUCUAACUCUUUUAUGUUUUUGGUAUGGAAGUGAUUACUCAUCACUAGCAGGCUACAUUUUAUAUAACCACAAAAUCGAUUGAUCUUGUGUAUCCAUUCCUUGAUGGUGUCAUGGCCUCAGACACCAUCCCUUGCUAAUAUUAGACCUGAUAACAAUACAAACAGAUAUCGCAGACACUGGCUUUGCACACUCUUGGCAUUCACUCAACCAGUGCCGUGUCUUUGUGAGACGCAGAGUAGGUGAACGGAUGAUCAUGUGUGGUUCCCACCGUGAAGCAUGGAGGAGGAGGUGUGAUGGUGUGGGGGUGCUUUGCUGGUGACACUGUCUGUGAUUUAUUUAGAAUUCAAGGCACACUUAAUCAGCAUGGCUACCACAGCAUUCUGCAGCGAUAUGCCAUCCCAUCUGGUUUACGCUUAGUGGGACUAUCAUUUGUUUUUCAACAGGACAAUGACCCAACAGACCUACAGGCUGUGUAAGGGCUAUUUGACCAAGAAGGCGAGUGAUGGAGUGCUGCAUCAGAUGACCUGGCCUCCACAAUCACCUGACCUCAACCCAAUUGAGAUGGUUUGGGAUGAAUUGGACCGCAGAGUGAAGUAAAAGCAGCCAACAAGUGCUCAGCAUAUGUGGGAACUCCUUCAAGACUGUUGGAAAAGCAUUCCAGGUGAAGCUGGUUGAGAGAAUGCCAAGAGUGUGCAAAGCUGUCAUCAAGGCAAAGGGUGGCUACUUUCAAGAAUCUCAAAUAUAAAAUAUAUUUUGAUUUGUUUAACACUUUUUUGGUUACUACAUGAUUCCAUAUGUGUUAUUUCAUAGUUUUGAUGUCUUCACUAUUAUUGUACAAUGUAGAAAAUAGUAAAAAAUAAAGAAAAACCCUUGAAUUAGUACGUGUGUCCAAACUUUUGACUGGUACUGUCACGCCCUGACUCUGGGGACUCUUAUUUGUUGAGUCAGGGUGUGAUUUUCUAUGUUGUAUUUUCUAUGUUUGGAUCUAGUAUGUCUAGAUCUAUGUUGGCCGGUGUGGUUCCCAAUCAGAGGCAGCUGUCGCUCGUUGUCUCUGAUUGGGGACCAUACUUAGGCAGCCUAUUGGCACUAGUGGGAUGUGGGAUCUUGUUCCGUAUGAGGUAUGUUGUUGGUGUCUACCUUGGACUUCACGUUUCGUUUCGUUUAUUGUUUUGUCGAGUGUUUAUUAAGUUUAAAUAAACAUGUAUGCAUAUCACGCUGCGCCUUGGUCUGACCCGUCCAUGAACGAACAUGACAGAAGAUCCCACCAAACGAGGACCAAGCAGCGUGCCCAGGCGGAGCGAAUAGCCAUGUCACAGGUGGGCAAAUUGUGGUCAUGGGAAGAGAUAUUCGCGGGGAAAGGACCAUGGGCUAAGGUAGAUAGAUGCCCACGCAGGAGAGGAGCAACGGCAACACGGAGGAGGCCGGUCGAGGAGGAAGCCCGAGAAGCAGCCCCAAGAAAAUGUUGGGGGGGGGGGGGGCACACGGGGUGGUUGGCGGAGCCUAGGGUUAGAGCAGAGCCAACUCCCCGUACUCACGCGAGGAAGCGUAUGACUGGGCAGGCUCCGUGUUAUACCGAGCUACGUACUGUGUCGCCAGUGCGCCGGCACAGAGCUGUACGUCCUGUGCUUGCACCACGCACGUGCCGUGCGAAGAUGGGCAUCCAGCCAGGACGGGGUGUGCCGGCUCAACGCUCUUGGUCUCCAGUACGCCUCCUCGGUCCCGCAUAUCCUGCGCCAGUUCUACGAACUGUACCGCCAGUGCGCGUGCACAGCCCAGUGCGUCCUGUGCCAGCGCCCCACACGUGUAGUGCGAAAGUGGGCAGCCAGCCAGGACGGGUUGUGCCAGCUCUCCGCUCCAGACCUCCAGUUCGCCUUCACAGUCCGGUCCGGCCCGUUCCUGCUCCUCGCACCAAGCUAGUGGUGCGCGUCGCCAGCCCGGUCCGGCCUGUUCCUGCUCCUCGCACCAAACCAGUGGUGCGUGUUCCCAGCCCGGCCCGGCCUGUUCCUGCUCCUCGCACCAAGCCAGUGGUGCAUGUUCCUAGUCCGGUUCGGCCCGUGCCUGCUCCUCGCACCAGACCAGUGGUGAGUGUGUCCAGUCCGGCACGGCCCGUGCCCGUUCCACCGGUGCCUGGUCCGGCACCAGUCAGCAGCUCCAGUCCGGAGCCAGAGUAGUCCGCUCCACCGGUGCCUGAUCCAGCUCCGGUCAGCUGCUCCACUCCGGAGCCAGAGCAGUCCACUCCAACGGGGUCCAGUCCAGCUCCGGUCAGCGGCUCCACUCCGGAGCCAGAGCAGUCCGCUCCACCGGUGCCUGAUCCAGCUCCGGUCAGCGGCUCCACUCCGGAGCUAGAGCAGUCCGCUCCAACGGGGUCAAAUCCAGAUCCGGUCAGCGGCUCCACUCCGGAGCCAGAGCAGUCCGCUCCACCGGUGCCCAAUCCAGCUCCGGUCAGCGGCUCCAGUCCGGAGCCUGAGGAGUCCGCUCCACCGGUGCCCGGUCCAGCUCCGGUCAGCGGCUCCAGUCCAGACCCAGACGUCAGCCCCUCUCCAGGUUCGGGGUCUCCCACACCAGGGUCCAGACAGGGCUUGGAGUAUAGUGGGAGGAAGGAGAGGGGAAGCAGCACGCCGAGGUCCAGACCAGACCAGGGGCGCAACAGGGAGGCGGAGAAUAGGUGGUUGUCACGCCCGGAGCCGGAUCCGCCUCCGAGGCGGAAUGCCCACCCGGCCCCUACCCUGUUAAGUAAAGGUUGUGCGGUCGGAGUCAGAACAAAAUAACUAUCAUAGCACUUAGAUGGUUGUCUAGGUGAGAUAAACUACCAGUCAAAAGUUUGGACACACCUACUCAUUCAAGGGUUUCUCUUUAUUUUUACUAUUUUUUACAUUGUAGAAUAAAAGUGAAGACAUCAAAACUAUGAAAUAACACAUAUGGAAUCAUAUAGUAACCAAAAAAGUGUUAAACAAAUCUAAAUAUAUUUUAUAUUUGAGAUUCUUCAAAUAGCCACCCUUUGCCUCGAUGACAGCUUUGCACACUCUUGGCAUUCUCUCAACCAGCUUCAAGAGUUAGUCACCUGGAAUACAUUUCAAUUAACAGGUGUGCCUUGUUAAAAGUUAAUUUGUGACAGCACGUAGACAGCACGUAGACAGCACAUAGACAGCACCCAGACAUCACAUAGACAACACGUAGUCAGCACAUAGACAGCACCCAGACAGCACCCAGCACAACAUGUAGACAGCACAUAGACAGCACCCAGACAGCACAUAGACAGCAUAUAGACAGCACAAAGACAUCACAUAGACAGCACCCAGACAGCACGUAGACAGCACCCAGACAGCACAUAGCCAGCACCCAGACAUCACAUAGACAACAUGUAGACAUCACAUAGACAGCACCCAGACAGCACAUAGACAACACAUAGACAGCACAUAGAAAGCACCCAGACAGCACCCAGACAGCACACAGACAGCACAUAGACAGCACCCAGACAGCACAUAGACAGCACAUAGACAACACGUAGACAGCACCCAGACAGCACAAAGACAUCACAUAGACAGCACCCAGACAGCACGUAGACAGCACCCAGACAGCACAUAGCCAGCACCCAGACAUCACAUAGACAACAUGUAGACAUCACAUAGACAGCACCCAGACAGCACAUAGACAGCACCCAGACAGCAUAUAGACAGCACCCAGACAGCACAUAGACAACAUGUAGACAGCACCCAGACAGCUUCAGAUUCCAAACUCUCCACCAUGGCCAAGACCAAAGAGCUCUCCAAGGAUGUCAGGGACAAGAUUGUAGCCCUAAACAAGGCUGUAAUGGGCUACAAGACCAUCGCCAAGCAGCUUGGUGAGAAGGUGACAACAGUUAGUGUGAUUAUUUGCACGUGGAAGAAACACAAAAGUACUGUCAAUCUCCCUCAGCCUGGGGCUCCAUGCAAGAUCUCACCUUGUGGAGUUGCAAUGAUCAUGAGAACGGUGAGGAAUCAGCCCAGAACUACACGGGAGGAUCUUGUCAAUGAUCUCAAGGCAGCUGGGACCAUAGUCACCAAGAAAACAAUUGGUAACACACUACGCCGUGAAGGACUGAAAUCCUGCAGCGCCCGCAAGGUCCCCCUGCUCAAGAAAGCACAUAUACAGGGCCGACUGAAGUUUGCCAAUGAACAUCUGAAUGAUUCAGAGGAGAACUGGGUGAAAGUGUUGUGGUCAGAUGAGACCGAAAUCGAGCUCUUUGGCAUCAGCUCAACUCCCUGUGUUUGGAGGAGGAGGAAUGCUGCCUAUGACCCCAAGAACACCAUCCCCACCGUCAAACAUGGAGGUGGAAAUAUUAUGCUUUGGGGGUGUUUUUCUGCUAAGGGGACACAACAACUUCACCGCAUCAAAGAGACGAUGGACGGGUCCAUGUACCGUCAAAUCUUGGGUGAGAACCUCCUUCCCUCAGCCAGGGUAUUGAAAAUGGGUCGUGGAUGGGUAUUCCAGCAUGACAAUGACCCAAAACACACGGCCAAGGCAACAAAGGAGUGGCUCAAGAAGGAGCACAUUAAGGUCCUGGAGUGGCCUAGCCAGUCUCCAGACCUUAAUCGCAUAGAAAAUCUGUGGAGGGAGCUGAAGGUUCGAGUUGCCAAACGUCAGCCUCGAAACCUUAAUGACUUGGAGAAGAUCUGCAAAGAGGAGUGGAACAAAAUCCCUCCUGAGAUGUGUGCAAACCUGGUGGCCAACUACAAGAAACCUCUGACCUCUGUGAUUGCCAACAAGGGUUUUGCCACCAAGUACUAAAUCAUGUUAUGCAGAGGUCACAUACUUAUUUCCCUCAUUAAAAUGCAAAUCAAUUUAUAACAUUUUUGACAUGCGGUUUUCUGAUUUUUGUUGUUGUUAUUCUGUCUCUCACUGUUCAAAUAAACCUACCAUUAAAAUUAUAGACUGAUCAUGUCUUUGUCAGUGGGCAAACAUACAAAAUUAGCAGGGGAUCAAAUACUUUUUUCCCUCACUGUAGACAGCACCCAGACAGCACAUAGUCAGCACCCAGACAGCAGGUAGACAGCACAUACACAACACGUAGACAGCACCCAGACAGCACCCAGACAGCACGUAGACAGCACCCAGACAGCAUGUAGACAGCACCCAGACAGAACGUAGACAGCACCCAGACAGCACAUAGACAGCACCCAGACAGCACAUAGACAGCACCCAGACAGCACAUAGACAGCACCCAGACAGCACAUAGACAAGACAUCUAUCACUUUAGCAGCUGGUGAGAAAAACCAAACCCUGCAAUAAUCCUGCAUCCUAAACUCAGCCUGAUUUUGAUCAGUAUGUAAAGCCUUAUUUAAUGCACAUGCUCAUUGAACUUAAUGAUCCAUAUGACCUAGAUAUGGAAAUAAAUGCUGGAAGUACUGUUUUACUCAGAUAGGCUUCACUGUAUAGACUUAAUUGAUGCCUGUAAUACUAUUGAUACUAACAUGUCUUACAGUACAUGUUUAGGUGCAGCACGGCUUACUUGUUUACAUUACAAAUAGCAAUGAAAACUUAUAUUCAACUGAGUCCCAAUUGGGCAUCCAUUCACAUCCAUUCACAUCCAUUCACAUCCAUUCAAAUCCAUUCACAUCAAACAAUAGAUCCCCAUUGUCCUUUUACAAUGUCAUUGAUAGAUGUUCAUAGAAAUCCCUAAUUCAACCGUUUAACAUAACAUACUGCCUCAAGUAGUGGUAGCCUUCUGAAAAGCAGCACGGAAAAAUGACCAGCUAUGAGCUAUUAGCUAUAUAUUAUAUAAUAAUCAUUAUUAUUACUAUUAUUAAUCAUCUUAUUAUUAUUAUAAGCUAUAUUGAUAUAGGUCACUGGUGAUGUAGCACACAUGCAUCAUUGUCAUGCUGGAUUUAAUCAUAAAAUUUUCUAGGGAUAUGAGGAACAUGCACUAAUGGUGCCAGACAUAAGCAUCAAUGUGGACAUCAAGGAUUUAUUUUAUCAAUAGUUAACAUGGGACACUGAAUUCAUUGGUCACAGUCAUGCACCAUCUAGGUCAUGCACCAUCUAGGAUCUGGUCCAUACAGGGCGGUAGCAGUGAAAGGAGGCAAAAUUUCUCCAGACACAAAAGUACAUGUAUGUUGGUUCAGUAAACACACUGACCACAGCCAGUGAGGCUGAAACAUUAACUCUACCUUACUAGUGACAUUAGCACUUGACUAGCCAUGCCAAGUUAACUAUGACACCACCUCUAAUGUUGUCCAGAGAUAACCUUCCUAUUUUCACAGAACAAUAAAAAUAGCCAUGUCGCUCACACAGAAACAGAGACUGGCACAUGGAAAGAUAUCAUCCAUACUGGCAAAGACAAUAGGCCAAUGUCACACCCCAAAACGGAUGUGAAGUAGAUUGCAUAUUAUUUGAGACACUUAUUCUACAUGUGGAAAAAGUGGACGCUGUUGUUGUUCUAUAACAUAGCUGAUGAAAUAGAUGAAAAGUAGCCUACCUAUGGUAUAACUCAAAUGAUCCCUCUCCUUGAAAACAAGAGGCCAUUAUUCUUUCAGGCAAUUAGCCCAUAAACCUCUAUUAAAUACAGACCUGGUAGAAGCUUCAGUUCUAUUCUUAGUGUGUAUAACAACGCUAAUAUAACAACACUGAAAAGGGAACUGGCCUCAUGGCAGUGUCUAUGGUAGAGUGAAGCAGGCAGGGUUUCAUGAACAACAUACAAAAUGCCAUAGUAAAGUGAACUCAUUUCCCAAGCUUCCUCUUGGCUAUUAAGAUACAAUGGCAGGGCCGGACAACAAAGUCCUCAAACAGAAAAAAAUGAAGUUAUUAUUUAAAAAAACACCCUCCAUAAACAUUGUUGUUACCAGGAGGUCAUUGAGACUAGACUCCAAAAAGAGCUUCAUGAGUGGCAUGAUAACCUUGAUAAUAAUGUACAGUAUACUGUAUAAUUGAUGCAGAACUAUAUUUAAAGUAUUCUAACUACAGCAUGGUCAAAUGUGUCAGUACUUAGGCAUAGGCUACUUCUGUGUGCUGCCUGUCCUGUCAUCCAAUGAGUCUGACACAUCUGCCUACAACCAGCGGUUACAGUUGGAGGAGUGCUGGCUAUGAUUAUCAGUGACACAGGUCCAACACUUGAAUUCCUGCAGGAAGAGACAACCAUCCAAAAGCAGAUGAUCACUGUCCCGCUCUCAAAGAAUACCAGUCUGUUUCACACAGACAAAUGGCUGUUUAAUGCAGGAGCUGUACCAGAAGUUCUGUAUAGCUUUAAUAAAUCGGUUUAAAGUUCUAGCUAUUAUUGCCAAUCAAUUUGUCUGACUAUUGUGUUUAUAAAAGGUUUAUAUAGUAUUAUUUCACAGACCACCGCCUGCCUGAUUCACAUUAGUUUAUCACUUUUCAUGAGCAUAUGGACAAAGCAAAAUCUCGAGCUUUUCUGAUAAAAAAAGAGAGAGCUCUAACCAAAACACCCCUCUAAUUAAUUCAUGGGAGUUUGACAUUAGGUGACAUCUUGAAAGAGGUUCGAGAUUGUCUCAUGGAGAGGACUAUUCAGAUGCAUUGGCAGCACUUUUUAAGUUGAAGUCUUGUGUGGUGAAAAAAACCUAUACAUUACACAAAGAGAGCGGAUGCGAAGUAAACCAGGUCACUGAGGCAAGCUGUCUGGCUUGAAAAUAAAGCCCCCACACUACAGAAAACACAUCUCGGGAAAGAAACAACUAACCGAAAAUAAAUGGCUAUUCCCAGAAAAACCCUCUGACAUUACAAAUAGACGAACCAAUCUGAUGAAAGCCCCGGGCUGUAACCUCCACUGAUUUAACUGGGAACUACAGGACAUUCCGAUUCCCGACCGGUCCAGCACUGCCUAGCCUGAGCAUAGCCUGGUUGGCUAAAGCUAAAGGCAAGCGUUAGACUAUCAAAUUGUAUCAACUAAAGGAAAUUUAGCAAAUAAUCAAACUUUACAGUAGCUACAGUUCAGCGUUAUCUUUAUUACUUCUAGGAUACACAGUAGCCGAUUACAUGUCAAGGGAUAUUUGCAACAAUGCAGCAAGCCCACAAAAGCUGGAGAAGUGGUCAUGCAUGCAGCAUGACAAUACACUGCCACUAGCCUAGCCAGUCUCACUACCUUUUCUCUCUCUACAUAUCGUUAGCCAAUAAAACAUCAGCCUUUAUAGGCUAAUCAUUCUGCACAGGUCCAUUGUGAAUGUUGAGUUGUAUAAUUUAGGCCUUACUUUCAACUGUUCUUUCAUAAUACACAAAUAUGCCCUGGAAUUAAAACGUUGUAGCCUAUUUUAUCAUGGUUCCAGUUACAUUGUCAGAAAGUAGGCCUAAAAACAGAAAAGGUAGAGUGGGAAUUCCAAGAUCUGCAUUUAUUUAUUCAUUUGUACAGUUGGUUUACUUGGAAGCAAUACAACAUUCUCUCCAAGACAAUCAUACAGCUGUGGAAAACGUUUUAUUAUCAUGCAUUUCUCACUUACCCUUUCUUUACUGCUCUAUUUGGCUGGCUUUUAUGGUGGAGGCUUGCAAUAUCCAAUGGAACUGUACAUUGAUCUCGGUGCCCAGACCUAGUAGCCUAUGUGCGUUGGUCUUCUCUCAGUUGCUCAGCUAUAACGCUUUUCCUUACAAAUAGCAGUUUCCAACAUCCUCCACGAGUCGCCAGCGUCUGCAGUUCCAGCUCGACCCGGUGGGCGUGUUUUUCCAGAUUGAUUGGAAAAUACAAUAAAUGCAACUAUGAAAAACCAAAGAUGUUCCAAAAUAUUGUGACAUUCUGCUAAUAAAUUCGAUACAUAUUUAUUAGUGUACAUUGUUUUGGCCGAAUAAAAGCUAUUUUAUGUGAUAUGUGAAGGCUGAUCUCGCGAUCAUACCAAUCUGAUAGGCUUACCAACGCGAUAUUGUGGUUGUAGUUUAUUUUUAUUUUAAACCGUUCAACAAAAGUUGGGCAUCACAAAAAAACUACAAGUUCCAAGGCCCAUUGCUUGGUUUACGGAAAUAUUUGAUUUUACCCCCACAGAGAGCCAACCGCAGCAUCCAGCAGCUCAGCAGUGCACUGGCAGAGCCCAGCUCCGAUGCAGAAGGCAUGCAACCAGGCAGGGCUGGAGACACAGACAGCACGGCUGGAGAGGACUCAGGAACCACAACCCCACUCACUGCCUGUGAUCAAUGUCAUCACUUCAGUCCCAGAGACCAGCGGUCUCCAACCCCAGUCCUGGAAAGCUACUGGGUGUGCAGGCUUUCAUUCCAGCCGUGCAGUAACACACCUAGCUAAUUUAACUAAUCAUAGUCCAGAUUGAGGAGUCUCAUACUCCAUACUCAGGACUAUGGUUAGCUGAAUUCUUUAAUCAGAUGUGUAAGGGAUGGGCUGGAGCAAAAACCUGCUCCCCUAUUGCUGCUCUCCAGGACUGGAGUUGGAGAACCCUGCAAUAGACACAAAGCAUCAUGGAUCAGGGCGAUUCCAUGCCAGGAUAGACCGAAAAUAUUUUUGGUAUCUCGGAUUGUCCUGGCAAUUCUCGUGUAGAAACUUCACUGGGUGGAUCGAUGUUUGAUAUGCCUUUUACAUUUGUAACACACCAUUUUUGAGAAAAUCAUUAAUAAAGUGGCCAUCUUCGGCCCCUUUUAGAUCUAUACAUGUUUCCUGUACAACCCAAUGAUCUGUGAACCAUACAUGAUAAAGACAACAACUUGGUGUCAUUGUGCUGCUCAUAGUGUACUUUAUUUGCAGAAGCUUUUAUGUGAGAAUUACCAGAACAGUCUGAGAUACCAAAAAUAUUUUCUGGCCAUGCUGGCGUGGAAUCAUCCAUCAGCACUGAUUUCCCAGAAUAACAUGCUCACUUCAUUAUACAUCUCCAUGGAUGUUUUGUAACUAGUUUUACCUUUGUAUUUGUACAGGUACAUAUACUAAUGAAUUAUUUUGUGUUUCAGUCAAUCAGCUGCGAUCACUCCUGCAAAAGAAACAAAAAUAGAAACUUUUCCUUCAAAGAGAAAAUAUUUUCCAAAGGUACUAUCUUCAAGACUAUGCAUAAGCAUCUAUGAUAAGACCUAAGACAAUUAACACAACACAAAUGUCUAGAUGUCCUUUCCCUUUAUUAGCCUACAUAGAUCAGAUGAACUCAACUUAAUCAAUUCCAUCCUAGGGCAAUAUAUUUAUUGAUCACCAAAAAACACUGCAUUAUUGAGUUCAGACACUGGUGGUGUGGCAGACUAACUAGGUUUUUCCACCGAUUUUGGUGGGUGCAGCAGUGUUAUUGGCCCAUUGUGAACGUGUUCAUGACUAACACAGGCAAUCCCUCUUUAAUCCAUUUUACCAGAGUUUAUCAAGAUGAUGUGAGCUCUAGCAUGCCUGCCGUUCAAGACCUGGUCCCCAUUCUGCACAACCAAUCAGAGUACAUCCAGCACCUGGAGGCAGAGGUCAAGUUCUGCAAGGUCUGUCUGUCUGAUAAGUGCACCUAAGAGUCUCGUUACCACUGACUCUCAUGAAAGUUCUUCUUACUCAAUUUAUUCACCAAUGGAUAUUCAUGACAUGUUCAUCUUGUUGGACAUUUAUAACCCACAAAGAUUCUACCAGUGUCUACUGUCCUAAGAAACCAAAGUUGUUUGUAGGUCUGUGUAUUUGUUGUUGUUUGUGACUGUGUAUCUGUUGUUUAUGACUGUGUAUCUGUUGUUGUUUGUGACUGUGUAUCUGUUGUUUAUGACUGUGUAUCUGUUGUUGUUUGGGACUGUGUAUCUGUUUGUGACUGUAGCUGUUGUUGUUUGUCACUGUAGCUGUAUCUGGGUGGGGCCAAGAGUACUAAUCUAGAGGAAGUCUUUGGAGCUGGUCAAAAUAGGAUACCAUCUUAUCCCAGGUGGAAUACAAUGUUGGUGACCCUCAAAUGGUAUACGUUUUUCUAACUUUAGGAAUAGCAUCAAAUCUUUGAGCCAAAGAGAGGUUAAGGGAGGAUUGACACAUUUCCAAUCCAAUAAAAUCCUUCUGUGGGCUAACAAGGGGUGCGUGCUCAGUCCCCUCCUGUACUCUCUGUUCACCCAUGACUGCAUGGCCAGGCACGACUCCAACACCAUCAUUAAGUUUGCCGACGACACAACAGUGGUAGGCCUGAUCACCGACAACCAUGAGACAGCCUAUAGGGAGGAGGUCAGAGAUCUGGCCGUGUGGUGCCAGGACAACAACCUCUCCCUCAACGUGACCAAGACAAAGGAGAUGAUUGUGGACUACAGGAAAAAAAAGAGGACUGAGCACGCCCCCAUUCUCAUCGACGGGGCUGUAGUGGAACAGGUUGAGAGCUUCAAGUUCCUUGGUGUCCACAUCACCAACGAACUAUCAUGGUCCAAACACACCAAGACAGUCGUGAAGAGGGCACGACAAAGCCUAUUCCCCCUCAGGAGACUAAAAAGAUUUGGCAUGGGUCCUCAGAUCCUCAAAAAAUUCUACAGCUGCACCAUCGAGAGCAUCUUGACUGGUUGCAUCACCGCCUGGUAUGGCAACAGCUUGGCCUCUGACCGCAAGGCACUACAGAGGGUAGUGCGUACGGCCCAGUACAUCACUGGGGCAAAGCUCCCUGCCAUCCAGGACCUCUAUACCAGGCGGUGUCAGAGGAAGGCCCUCAAAAUUGUCAAAGACUCCAGCCACCCUAGUCAUAGACUGUUCUCUCUGCUACCGCACGGCAAGCGGUACCGGAGUGCCAAGUCUAGGUCCAAAAGACUUCUCAACAGCUUCUACCCCCAAGCCAUAAGACUCCUGAACAGCUAAUCAUGGCUACCCGGACUAUUUGCACUGCCCCCCCACCCCAUCCUUUUUACGCUGCUGCUACUCUGUUAAGUAUUUAUGCAUAGUCACUUUAACUCUACCCACAUGUACAUAUUACCUCAACUACCUCAACUAGCCGGUGCCCCCGCACAUUGACUCUGCAACGGUACCCCCCUGUAUAUAUAGCCUCCCUACUGUCACUUUAUUUUACUGUAUAUAUAGCCUCCCUACUGUCACUUUAUUUUACUUCUGCUCUUUUUUUCUCAACACUUUUUUGUUGUUGUUGUUUUAUUCUUACUUUUUUUGUUUAAAAUAAAUGCACUGUUGGUUAAGGGCUGUAAGUAAGCAUUUCACUGCAAUGUCUGCACCUGUUGUAUUCGGCGCAUGUGACCAAUAAAAUUUGAUUUGAUUUGAUUUGAAGGAGUCAAAGGCAAUGGCAUCUAGCUGUCCAUUGGACUGGGAAGGUUGUCUGCUGGUACUCCAAAAAUAGCUGUUUCUGCUCUGGGCUGCAACUCUAUAAUAGCUGUUUCUGCUCUGUUUCUGCUGUUUCUCAGUACUUUCUGAAGUAUUUGAUAUACAGUGCCUUCGGAAAGUAUUCAGACCCCUUCCCUUUUUCAAAAAUGUGUUACGUUACAGCCUUAUUCUAAAAUGGAUUACAUACUUUUUCCCCCCUCAUCAAUCUACACACAAUACUCCAUAAUGACAAAGCGAAAAUAGGUUUUUAGACAUUUUUGCAAAUGUAUAAAAAAACAGAAAUACCUUAUUUACAUAAGAAUGAAUGUAGUGGACCAGUAAUCUGCCAGACGGGGACAGGAGCAGAACAUGCAGUGGGGGUCAAGUCCGCCAAGGAGCUUUUACACCUGUCACAUGUACCAUCAAUAUUUGGGUAGAAUUUGGAUAAUCUGGCCUUACUGUAAUGGAUACGGUGAAGUACCUUCAACUGUACAAGGCUGAGCUGGGCACAAGUAGAACUUCCAUUUACCCUAAGGAAGGCACUAUUCCAGACGUCGUCAGAGAUCUCUCCACCAAGUUUAUUUUCCCUCUCAGAUCAGAUUUUACUAAGUGAUGAGUUGUCAAGGGACAUGAUUAUCUAAAAAAUAUGAGUCCCUUUAGUUGAAAUUGUGUUUUCAAAAGGGCAUCCAAACCCGAUCCGGGUGGUAGAAUUGGAAAGGUGGGGCUUUGAGUGCGAAUAAACUGGCUAAUUUGGAAAUACCUAAAUAAACUUAAACGGUUAGAUAACAUUUUAAUGGCAAAGUCGUCAAAAUUGGCAAAGAUGCCAUCAAUCUAGAGGUAAAAAAACGUAGUAAGGCCAUUCCUCUGCCACAGCCUAAAAGCUGAAUCCAGUUCAGCUGGAAGGAAGAGGGGAUUAUUACAUACAGGACCUUGAAUAGAGAAAAUAAUUGAAAGUGUACAAAAUAAUUGAAAGUGUUGACGGAAUUGAGUUCAAAUUUUAACAGUACUGAUACCAAUUGGAUUAGAUGUGUAGCACAAAGCUGAGAGAGGAAAAAUGGAGGUGACUAAAGCUGCCAAAGAAAAACAGGAGUUGGCUUUUGUUUGAAAUGUCUCUUCCAUACAGCUACCCCCCAAUUAUUUGUUGUUCAAAUUGUCAUGGCAAUGAAUGAUUGUAUUCCCUCCCAGGUAAACGAGCCUAGAGCAGACAAUGCUCAAACACCAACAUCCAUACCAGCUCAGUGUCUUUCCACAAGCAGAGGAACACAAGUGGAAGAACGAACCGGUGGGCCUGUAUCACAAUGAUCAUCUCUCUCCUUCCAUACUGUCACCUCUCUCCUUCAAUACUGUCAUCUCUCUACUUCCAUACUGUCAUCUCUCUACUUCCAUACUGUCACCUCUCUCCUUCCAUACUGUCACCUCUCUCCUUCCAUACUGGCAUCUCUCUACUUCCAUACUGUCAUCUCUCUACUUCCAUACGGUCACCUCUCUCCUUCCAUACUGUCAUCUCUCUCCUUCCAUUCUGUCACCUCUCUCCUUCCAUACUGUCAUCUCUCUUUCCGUACUGUCACCUCUCUCCUUCCAUACUGUCACCUCUCUCCUUCCAUACUGUCAUCUCUCUCCUUCCAUACUGUCAUAUAUCUCCUUCCAUACUGUCACCUCUCUCCUUCCAUACUGUCAUCUCUCUUUCCAUACUGUCACCUCUCUCCUUCCAUACUGUCAUCUCUCUACUUCCAUACUGUCACCUCUCUCCUUCCAUACUGUCAUCUCUCUCCUUCCAUACUGUCACCUCUCUCCUUCCAUACUGUCAUCUCUCUCCUUCCAUACUGUCACCUCUCUCCUUCCAUACUGUCAUCUCUCUUUCCGUACUGUCACCUCUCUCCUUCCAUACUGUCAUCUCUCUACUUCCAUACUGUCAUCUCUCUUUCCGUACUGUCACCUUUCUCCUUCCAUACUGUCACCUCUCUCCUUCCAUACUGUCAUCUCUCUCCUUCCAUACUGUCACCUCUCUACUUCCAUACUGUCAUCUCUCUUUCCAUACUGUCACCUUUCUCCUUCCAUACUGUCAUCUCUCUCCUUCCAUACUGAGUACAGUGAUAAAGCUACCAGCAUUUGAUAAUGUAGCCUUUAUUACCUAGGAUUUGCAUGUUAAGGUGAGUUCACAGAUAAUCUCCUUUCUAACAUCACAUUUUCAACCUGGCCUCAGGAGCAAAUCCCUCUAUCUAGCCCAGACAGGGACACUGGAGGCUCAAAUAAGGUCACUGAAGCAAGUGAACUGUAUGACUUUAGAGAUGAGCAUUAAUGCACAGAGAUCUUACAUAUCUGAUUAAUCAGGAUUUCAUUUUUCAUCAUCCUCUAUUCGUACAUCCUGUUUAUGUUGUUUUGAUCAUUCCAUUCAGGAAGGACCUGGCCAGCAGUCAGAAGGAGUGUGAGGAGGUGAAAGGUCGUCUGAGACAUAAGGAGGCGAUGGCAGCGGCGGGCAGUGCAUAGGCGACCUCUGUCUGAAGUGUACCCAGAACGAGGUGGUGCUGGCAGAGACACUCCAACAUGCACAUCCAGGCUAGAGAGUCACCAAGUCAGUGUGAUCAUGGAUUUGUCUCCUGAUCUUUUGUUCUUUAUUGAUUAGAGUAUUUGGGUUCCUUCAAGCUUUCUUCCCCCUCAUAACAGCAAAAUUCCAAGGGAAAUUUUUCCUGUCCAUUGACGCCUAAGGCUUUGCCAUUGAUCACACUGAAUGUGAAGGAUGUUCACAUUGAGAUGUCAUCUCAACCAAUCCAGUUGGCAUCUGACAUAAAGCAAUCAAUUAUCGCCCCCCUUUAGCAAGGUUGUCAAGAAUUGAGUCUCCAUGUCAAUCACAAAUUAUACAUCUGGCUUUGAUAGGGCAUGGCAUGUCUACAAGUGACAUUGUUAGAAAACAAGCAUCCUUACACCAGAAUGAUUAUUGAUGAACAGAUAUUUUAUUUGCCCACAUUGAAAUCUGCGUGUGUGUGUGUGUGUGUGUGUGUGUGUGUUUGUACGUGUUUAACUAUACUUGUGGGGACCAGAAGUCCCCACAAGAAUAGUAAAUAAACAAACAUUUGACCAACUGGGGUCAUUUUGUUGGUCCCCACAAGGUCAAAUGCUAUUUCUAGGGGGUUAAGGUUAGAAUUAGGGUUAGGGUUAGGAGUUAGGGUUAGGAGCUAGGGUUAGGGUUAAGGUUAGGUUUUCAGGCUAGGGUAAGGGUACAGGUUAAGGUUAGGGGUUAGCGAAAAUAGGACUUUGAAUGGGACUGAAUUGUGUGUCCCCACAAGGUUAGUUGUACAAUACUGUGUGUGUGUGUGUGUGUGUCCCACAUAGAGUGUGAUGAGCUGAUGAAUGUGCUGUGCUCUCUGAGGGCCAGUCAGAGCGAGGCCCAGCAGAGGGAGUGGGCUGCCUACCAGCAGGUCAAACUGGCUGAGGCCAACCUGGAGAAAACCAGGGUGUCAGACAACCACUCACUGAUGGAACAUUACUGAGCAACAGCGACAUCUACUGGUCCGGCUCCUCAACUACAUACAUUAAUGGCUUUGACCCCUCUGUACCUAAUAGAAUACAGUGCCUUGCAAAAGUAUUCAUACCCCUUGGAUUUCUUCACAUUUUGUUGUGUUACAAAGUGGGAUUCAAAUUAAUUUAAUUGUAAUAAGUAUUAUUAUUUUUAAGAUGAUUAGAAAUUAAAUAACUAAAAAUAGUUGUUGCAUAAUUAUUCAGCCCCUUUAUUUUAGAAAGGCUCAAUUACUUCAGGAGUCAAAUUUAUAUCUUAACAAAUCACAUAAGUUACAUGGACUCAUUCUGUGUGAAAUAAUAGGGGUUGACAUGAUUUUUGAAAGACUAACCCUUCCUCUGUCCCCCAUACGUACAACAUCUGUAAGUCAGUCAAGUAUUGAAUUUCAAGCACAGAUUCAACUAUAAAGACCAGGGAGCUUUUUGAAAGCUUCAUAAAGAAGGGCAGUGAUUGGUAGAUGGGUAACAAUAACAAAGCAGACAUUGAAUAUCUCUUUAAGUAUGGUCAAUUAUGCUGUGGAUUAUGUAUUAAACCACCCAGACACAUCAAAGGUACAGUCAUCCUUCUGAACUGAGCUGCAGGACAGGACUGAAACUGCUCAGGGAUGUUACCAUGAGGCCAUUGGUGAUUUUAAAGCAGUUACAGAGUUCAAUGCCUGUGAUGGGAGAAAACUAAGGAUGGAUCAACAAUAAUGACUUAAAUGACAAAGAGGAAUACAAAUAUAUAGAAUGAAACAAAUCAGUUAAUUCAAGUUGCCUCAACUGUAAUUCACUUACCCCCUAAACUAUGUCAUGUGAAAAAGUGCCUGAUAUUCAAAAAAUGUAUUCAUUUUGGGCCUUCCCAGGUUUAUGGUUUGUGUAACAUUGUAGCCUAGAGACCAAUGCGUGGCCAUAUUCCAAAACAUGCAACAAGGCACUAAAGUAAUACUGUAAACAAACACGGCAAAGGAAUACACUUUCUGGCCUUAUGUUUGGGGCAAAUCCAACACAACACAUCACUGAGUAACUGCCUCCUUAUUUUCAAGCAUGGUGGUGGCUGCAUCGUGGUAUGAGUAUGCUUGACAUCGGGAUGGAAAGCUAAGCACAGGCAAAAUCCUAGAGGAAAACCUGCUUCAGUCUGCUUUCCACCAGACACUGGAAGAGGACAAUAAACUAAAACACAAAGCCUUUAUCUGGAGUUGCUUACCAAGAAGACAGCGAGUGGCCAAGUUACAGUUUUGACUUAAAUCUGCUUGAAAAUACUGUAUAUGGCAAGACUUGAACAUUACUGUCUAGCCAUGAUCCCCAACAUCUUGACAGAGCUUGAAGAUUUAUGAAAACAAUAAUGGGCUAAUGUUACACAAUCCAGGUGUGUAAAGCUCUUAGAGACUGACCCAAGAAGACAUUUCCAAAUAUGUUUCUAACAUGUAUUGACUCAGGGAGCUGAAUACUUAUGCAAUGACAAUAUUUUUAUUGUUUAAUUUCUAUCAAUCUUUAAAAAAUAUAUAUAAUAAUCUUUCACUUUGACAUUUGCGUAUUUAGUGUAGAUUGUUGACCUUAAAAAAAUAUAUAUAUAUAUAUUAAAUCCAUUUGAAUCCCAUUUUGUACCACACAAUGUGAAGAAAUGCAAGGGAUAUGAAUACAUUUGCAAUGCACUGUAUAUGAAACUAUAAACUCUAUUUUGCAACAGUGAGGUUUAUAAGAUGCCGUACAUUGUUUCAGAAAUAUAGCAGUGGUAAAAAUAAGAAAAGUAUUUUGUUUUGUGAGACUUUAAUUUUUUGCAGUAUUGUCCUCCCUUUGACACUUGUGUGUGUACCCGACCUGUGUCUGUGUAUACCGGUUUUGUCCUUCCUACAGGAGGUGGUGCAGUGUGAUGCGUUUGCCAGGGAGCGGAACAGACUAGGACAGAAGCUGGAGAUUGAGAUGUCUGCAAAGCAGGAGAAGAUCUCUAAGGCCAGAGAUCGGGCACUCAACGAGGCCUGCAAGGAGGUGGAGGAACUGGCCCAGUCUGGCCGCCUGCCUUGAAAACUUUGAUUAAAGCUCAUUGAGAAAUGUUUAUCUUUCUCUAUUUAUCUGAGCCUCUGAUUUAAUGUUUUAUUUAGCACACUCCGCCAACCCUGAUGUUCUAGCAGUGUCUGAAUCCUGGCUUAGGAAGGCCACCAAAAAUUCAGAAACUACAACAUAUUCCGUCUAGAUAGAUAGAACUGCCAAAGGGGGCGGAGUUGCAAUCUACUGUAGAGAUAGCCUGCAGAGCUCUAUCAUACUAUCCAGGUCUGUGCCCAAACAGUUUGAGCUCCUACUUCUAAAAAUACACCUUUCCAGAAAUAAGUCUCUCACUGUUGCCGCUUGCUACAGACCCCCCUCAGCCCCCAGCUGUGCCCUGGACACCAUAUGUGAAUUGAUUGCCCCCCAUCUAUCCUCAGAGUUCGUAUUGCUUGGUGACCUAAACUGGGAUAUGCUUAACACCCCGGCCGUCCUACAAUCUAAACUAGAUGCCCUCAAUCUCACACAAAUUAUCAAGGAACCUACCAGGUACAACCCUAAAUCCGUAAACAUGGGCACCCUCAUAGAUAUCACUCCUGAGUGGCGCAGUGGUCUACGGCACUGCAUCGCAGUGCUAACUGUGCCACUAGAGAUCCUGGUUCGAAUCCAGGCUCUGUCGCAGCCGGCCGCGACCGGGAGACUCAUGGGCGGCGCACAAUUGGCCCAGCGUCGUCCAGGGUAGGGGAGGGAAUGGCCGGCAGUGAUGUAGCUCAGUUGAUAGAGCAUGGUGUUUGCAACGCCAGGGUUGUGGGUUCGAUUCCCACGGGGGGGCAGUAUAAAAAAAUAUGUAUUCACUAACUGUAAGUCGCUCUGGAUAAGAGCGUCUGCUAAAUGACUAAAAUGUAAAAUAUCAUCCUGACUAAUUUACCCUCUAAAUACACCUCCGCUGUCUUCAACCAGGAUCUCAGCGAUCACUGCCUCAUUGCCUGCGUCCGUAAUGGGUCCGCGGUCAAACGACCACCCCUCAAACGCUCCCUAAAACACUUUAGCAAGCAGACCUUUCUAAUUGACCUGGCUCGGGUAUCCUGGAUGGAUAUUGACCUCAUUCCGUCAGUAGAGGAUGCCUGGUUGUUCUUUAAAAGUGCUUUCCUCUCCAUCUUAAAUAAGCAUGCCCCAUUCAAAAAAAUUCAGAACUAAGAACAAAUAUAGCCCCUGGUUCACCCCAGACUUGACUGCCCUUGACCAGCACAAAAACAUCCUGUGGCGUACUGCAUUAGCAUCGAACAGCCCCCGCGAUAUGCAACUUUUCAGGGAAGUCAGGAACCAAUAUACACAAUCAGUUAGGAAAGCAAAGGCUAGCUUUUUCAAACAGAAAUUUGCAUCCUGUAGCACUAACUCCAAAAAGAUUUGGGACUGUAAAUCCAUGGAGAAUAAGAGCACCUCCUCCUAGCUGCCCACUGCACUGAGGCUAGGAAACACUGUCACCACCGAUAAAUCUACGAUAAUUGAGAAUUUCAACAAGCAUUUUGCUACGGCUGGCCAUGCUUUCCACCUGGCUACCCCUACUCCGGCCACCAGCUCUGCACCCUCUGCUGCAACUUGCCCAUGCCCCCCCCCCCGCUUCUCCUUCACCCAAAUUCAGACAGCUGAUGUUCUGAAAGAGCUGCAAAAUCUGGCCCCCUACAAAUCAGCUGGGCUAGACAAUCUGGACCCUUUCUUUCUAAACUUAGCCGCAGAAAUUGUCGCAACCCCUAUUACUAGCCUGUUUUACCUCUCUUUUGUAACGUCUGAGAUCCCCAGAGAUUGGAAAGCUGCUGCGGUCAUCCCCCUCUUCAAAGGGGGUGACACUCUAGAUUCAAACUGUUACAGACCUAUAUCCAUCCUGCCCUGCCUUUCGAAAGUAUUUGAAAGCCAAGUUAACAAACAGAUCACCGACCAUUUCGAAUCCCACCGUACCUUCUCCGCUAUGCAAUCUGGUUUCCGAGCUGGUCAUGGGUGCACCUCAGCCACGCUCAAGGUCCUAUUAUAACCGCAAUCGAUAAAAGACAGUACUGUGCAGACGUCUUCAUCGACCUGGCCAAGGCUUUCGACUCUGUCAACCACCGGCAGACUAAAUAGCCUUGGUUUCUCAAAUGACUGCCUCGCCUGGUUCACCAACUACUUCUCAGAUAGAGUUCAAUGUGUCAAAUCAGAGGGCCUGUUGUCUGGACCUCUGGCAGUCUCUAUGGGGGUGCCACAGGGUUCAAUUCUCGGGCCGACUCUAUUCUCUGUGUAUAUCAAUGAUGUCGCUCUUGCUGCUUGUGACUCUCAGAUCCACCUCUACGCAGAUGACACCAUUUUGUAUACAUCUGGCCCUUCAUUGAACACUGUGUUACCAAACCUCCAAACGAGCUUCAAUGCCAUACAACACUCCUUCCGUAGCCUCCAACUACUCUUAAACAUUAGUAAAACUAAAUGCAUGCUCUUCAAUCGAACGCUGCUUGCACCCGCCCGCCCGACUAGAAUCACUACUCUCGGUGGGUCUGACUUAGAAUAUGUGGACAACUACAAAUACCUAGGUGUCUGGUUAGACCAUAAACUCUCCUUCCAGACUCACAUUAAGAAUCUCCAAUCCAAAGUUACAUCUAGAAUCGGCUUCCUAUUUCGCAACAAAGCCUCCUUCACUCAUGCUGCCAAACAUGCCCUCGUAAAACUGACUAUCCUACCGAUCCUUGACUUCGGCAAUGUCAUUUACAAAAUAGCCUCCAACACUCUACUCAGCAAAUUGGAUGUAGUCUAUCACAGUGCCAUCCGUUUUGUCACCAAAGCCCCAUAUACUACCCACCAUCGUGACCUGUACACUCUUGUUGGCUGGCCCUCACUACAUAUUCGUCGCCAAACCCACUGGCUCCAGGUUUACCGCCUUAUCUUAGCUCAUUGGUCACCAUAGCAACACCCACCCAUAGUAUGAGCUCCAGCAGGUAUAUCUCACUGGUCAUCCCCAAAGCCAACACCUCCUUUGGCCGCCAUUCCUUCCAGUUUUCUGCUGCCAAUGACUGGAACGAAUUGCAAAAAUCUCUGAAGCUGGAGACUCUUAUCUCCCUCACUAACUUUAAGCAUCAGUUGUCAGAGCAGUUUACCGAUCACUGCACCUGUACACAGAACCAUCUGUAAUUAGUCCAUCCAACUACCUCAUCCCCAUAUUGUUAUUUAUUUUGCUCAUUUGCACCCCAGUAUCUCUAUUUGCACAUCAUAUUCUGCACAUCUAUUACUCCAGUGUUAAUACUAAAUUGUAAUUAUUUUGCACUAUGUCCUAUUUAUUGCCUUACCUCCAUAACUUACUACAUUUGCACACACUGUAUAUAGAUUUUCUAUUGUGUUAUUGAUGUACAUUUUGUUUAUUCUAUAUGUAACUCUGUGUUAUUGUUGUUUUUAUCACACUGCUUUGCUUUAUCUUGGCCAGGUCGCAGUUGUAAAUGAGAACUUGUUCUCAACUGGCUUAACUGGUUAAAUAAAGGUGAAAUAAAAUAAAAUAAAAAUAAAUAGAACAUAUUGAAGAUUCAAUAUUUGAUUAUUUAAAAACUAUCUUUUCUUUGUAACUACUUUGUUUAAAAAAAGUACCAUGUAUGUAAAAUCUGUGUAAAAUGUAUAUGUAAAACAAAGAGAUCCCUGAGCACCCAGCUGGAGACCCAGCAAAGGAGACACCUUACUACUGUCAACACCUAAAGAGGUUCCAGGUUGUAGCCUGUUAGUGGAAGGGUUAAGCUGUUGAACUGGCAGUUGCAGACACGGUACACACUACUUACUAUCACAGACUUUUCAAACCUUGAAGAGAGUGAUUUCAGUAACAUUGUUGUAAUGCAUUUUAAUGCCACUGGCUGGCACCAAAGCCUUGUCUAUUUCAACGUGUCAAAUUCUACAGUCGUGGUCAAAAGUUUUGAGAAUGACACAAGUAUUGGUCUUCACAAAGUUUGCUGCUUCAGUGUUUUUAGAUAUUUUUGUCAGAUGUUACUAUGGUAUACUGAAGUAUAAUUACAAGCAUUCCAUAAGUGUCAAAGGCUUUUAUUGACAAUUACAUUAAGUUCAUGCAAAGAGUCAAUAUUUGCAGUGUUGACCCUUCUUUUUCAAGACCUCUGCAAUCCGCCCUGGCAUGCUGUCAAUUAACUUCUGGGCCACAUCCUGACUGAUGGCAGCCCAUUCUUGCAUAAUCAAUGCUUGGAGUUUGUCCGAAUUUGUGGGCUUUUGUUUGUCCACCCGCCUGUUGAGGAUUAACCACAAGUUCUCAAUGGGAUUAAGGUCUGGGGAGUUUCCUGGCCAUGGACCCAAAAUGUCGAUGUUUUGUUCCCCGAUCCACUUAGUUAUCACUUUUGUCUUAUGGCAAUGUGCUCCAUCAUGCUGGAAAAGGCAUUGUUCGUCACCAAACUGUUCUUGGAUGGUUGGGAGAAGUUGCUCUCGGAGGAUGUGUUGGUACCAUUCUUUAUUCAUGGCUGUGUUCUUAGGCAAAAUUGUGAGUGAGCCCACUCCCUUGGCUGAGAAGCAACCCCACACAUGAAUGGUCUCAGGAUGCUUUACUGUUGGCAUGACACAGGACUGAUGGUAGCGCUCACCUUGUCUUCUCUGGACAAGCUUUUUUCCGGAUGCCCCAAACAAUUGGAAAGGGGAUUCAUCAGCGAUAAUGACUUUACCCCAGUCCUCAGCAGUCCAAUCCCUGUACCUUUUGCAGAAUAUCAGUCUGUCGCUGAUGUUUUUCCUGGAGAGAAGUUGCUUCCUUGCUGCCCUUCUUGACAUCAGGCUAUCCUCCAAAAGUAUUCGCCUCACUGUGCAUGCAGAUGCACUCACACCUGCCUGCUGCCAUUUCUGAGCAAGCUCUGCACUGGUGGUGCCCCGAUCCCACAGCUGAAUCAACUUUAGGAGACGGUCCUGGCACUUGCUGGACUUUCUUGGGCGCCCUGAAGCCUUCUUCACAACAAUUGAACCUCUCUCCUUGAAGUUCUUGAUGAUCCGAUAAAUGGUUGAUUUAGGUGCAAUCUUACUAGCAGCAAUAUCCUUGCCUGUGAAGCCCUUUUUGUGCAAAGCAAUGAUGACGGCACGUGUUUCCUUGCAGGUAACCAUGGUUAACAGAGGAAGAACAAUGAUUUCAAGCACCACCCUCCUUUUAAAGCUUCCAGUCUGUUAUUCUAACUCAAUCAGCAUGACAGAGUGAUCUCCAGCCUUGUCCUCGUCAACACUCUCACCUGUGUUAACGAGAGAAUCAAUGACAUGAUGUCAGCUGGUCCUUUUGUGGCAGGGCUUAAAUGCAGUGGAAAUGUUUUUUUGAGACUAAGUUCAUUUUCAUGGCAAAGAGGGACUUUGCAAUUAAUUGCAAUUCAUCUGAUCACUCUUCAUAACAUUUUGGAGUAUAUGCAAAUUGCCAUCAUAAAAACUGAGGCAGCAGACUUUGUUAAAAUUAAUAUUUGUGUUAUUCUCAAAACUUUUGUCCACGACUGUAUGUAGUUCUAGGAGGGUGUGUAUUGAGGGUAGAUCAUUACAACCAGUGCUUAAUUUGAACAGGAUCCUGUGGCACCUCUCCGAUUUGGACUGUUUCGUUCCGGAACCCAUUUGCCAGGAUCCGGUACGUCGUGGCAUAAAAAAACAUUUUCACUGUUUGCAAAGUAAAAAUUCUAAUAAAAUUAAUCAGUUAAUUCAAGUUGCCUCCUCUGUAAUUCACCUGCCCCUUAAACAACGUAAAGUGAAAACGUGCCUGAUAUUCUAAGAAUUGAUUGAUGUUGGGCCAACGCGUGGCCAUUGCUGGGGUGAGAGAAGCGUGCCUGUAUCUCACAGAACUAGAUUAAGAUUCACUUUCUAUGAUCUCUCUCUGCUCUGAUAGAAAUUAGCCUGCUACUGUCAUCUCUCCAGCGUUGCACUUCAUCAUUUAUUUCCUUAUAGAAUCAUAGCCGUGGAGGUGCUGCAGCACCCCUGAUGAAUUGAAAUACAUUUGCCACAGUUAUAUUACUGCUGUCUUUUCAUAAAUCUACGAAAUAAUUCAGAAUACUACACCAGGAGUAGGCUUAUAAUUUAGCCACAGAGGAUCAAUAGUUAUUAAAUUUUUUUAUGGCCUAGCUGUGGAUAGUGUGUAGUAAAAUGUAAAAAUAUAGUUGAAUGCACCAAUUUGUAAGUCACUCUGGAUAAGAGUGUCUGCUAAAUUACUUAAAUGUAAAUGUAAAUAUGUUAUCAACUUCCAAAUAGGCCUAUUGAGCGAACAGCAUGAGAGCGACACAGGCUUUGGGCACCAGCGCAUUGGCCAUCACCGUGAGUGAGCUGCGCAUCAUUGGGUGAGUCAGUGAAACUGCAAAGCAUUUUUAGGACUAUAAUUUCCUCCUCAUAUUGUAGCCUACAAUAUGUGUCUCCACACACCUAGGCCUAGGCUAUUGAUGGAUUCAAGACAAGGUCGUUUUUAUUGAUCUCAGAUUGUCAGUUUGUCAGCGUCAAAGUAACCUGCCAUUUUGAUUUCUGAGCUAUUAAAAAAGAUUCUGCUAAAGUCUCCAGUCAUCUAAAAUUAUGUAGAAUUGCAUGAAAUGCGCUUAUAAAAAGGUAACAUUUUCCCCCAUAUGUGCAACUUCUGUCAGUGCCUCUACUCUACUGCUCAAUGCAAACAAAAGCGAUGAUAAUGCACGCAAUGCCUUAUUAUAAACUCAGCAAAAAAAGAAACUUCCCUUUUUCAGGACCCUGUCUUUUAAAGAUAAUUCGUAAAAUCCAAAUAACUUCACAGAUCUUCAUUGUAAAGGGUUUAAACACUGUUUCCCAUGCCUGUUCAAUGAACCAUAAACAAUUAAUGAACAUGCACCUGUGGAACGGUCGUUAAGACACUAACAGCUUACAGACGGUAGGCAAUUAAGGUCACAGUUAUGAAAACUUAGGACACUAAAGAGGCCUUUCUACUGACUCUGAAAAACACCAAAAGAAAGAUGCCCAGGGUCAUCUGCGUGAACGUGCCUUAGGCAUGCUGCAAGGAGGCAUGAGGACUGCAGAUGUGGCCAGGGCAAUAAAUUGCAAUGUCCGUACUGUGAGACGCCUAAGACAGCGCUACAGGGAGACAGGACGGACAGCUGAUCAUCCUCGCAGUGGCACACGUGUAACAACACCUGCACAGGAUCGGUACAUCCGAACAUCACACCUGCGGGACAGGUACAGGAUGGCAACAACAACUGCCCGAGUUACACCAGGAACGCACAAUCCCUCCAUCAGUGCUCAUACUGUCCGCAAUAGGCUGAGAGAGGCUGGACUGAGGGCUUGUAGGCCUGUUGUAAGGCAGGUCCUCACCAAACAUCACCGGCAACAACGUCGCCUAUGGGCACAAACCCACCUUCACUGGACCAGACAGGACUAGCAAAAAGUGCUCUUCACUGAUGAGUCGCGGAUUUGUCUCACCAGGGAUGAUGGUCGGAUUCGCGUUUAUCGUCGAAGGAAUGAGCGUUACACUGAGGCCUGUACUCUGGAGCCAGAUCGAUUUGGAGGUGGAGGGUCCGUCAUGGUCUGGGGCGGUGUGUCACAGCAUCAUCGGACUGAGCUUGUUGUCAUUGCAGGCAAUCUCAACACUGUGCGUUACAGGGAAGACAUCCUCCUCCCUCAUGUGGUACCCUUCCUGCAGGCUCAUCCUGACAUGACUCUCCAGCAUGACAAUGCCACCAGCCAUACUGCUCGUUCUGUGCCUGAUUUCCUGCAAGACAGGAAUGUCAGUGUUCUGCCAUGGCCAGCGAAGAGCCCGGAUCUCAAUCCCAUUGAGCAGGUCUGGGACCUGUUGGAUCGGAGGGUGAGGGCUAGGGCUAUUCCCCCCAGAAAUGUCCGGGAACUUGCAGGUGCCUUGGUGGAAGAGUGGGGAAACAUCUCACAGCAAGAACUGGCAAAUAUGGUGCAAUCUGGUGGCCACACCAGAUACUGACUGUUACUUUUGAUUUUGACCCCCCCUUUGUUCAGGGACACAUUAUUCAAUUUCUGUUAGUCACAUGUCUGUGGAACUUGUUCAGUUUAUGUCUCAGUUGUUGAAUCUUGUUAUGUUCAUACAAACAUUUACACAUGUUAAAUUUGCUGAAAAUAAACGCAGUUGACAGUGAGAGGACAUUUCUUUUUUUGCUGAGUUAAAAAAAAAAUGCAUUCCGGUACCUCAGAGCCCCAGGUCAGCCCCCUCUGGGCUCACUUUUUGUUCCAGCACCUCCCAAUUUACAAAUUAAGCACUGAUUACAACCAAUGCAAUCAUUAUUUACUGAAUGAAGACUGUGCAUUGAGCUCUAAUUAGGUCAAUUCUGUCUCUUAUUACUGCUCAACUUACAGUACUAUAUGAAGUUACCAUCGUUGCUCUCUACUACGAGGAUACACAGGUGUCCUGUGUUCAUUGCUACUGUGACCCUCUGAUCUGUCCUGAUCUGACCUGUCCUGAUGUGUCCUGUCCUGAUGUGUCCUGUCCUGAUGUGUCCUGUCCUGUCUCCUGUGUGUCCAGGUGUUUGGGGAGCUGCACUACCAGCUCAGCCAGGCUCAGCUGAAGAGAGAGGAGGCAGAGAUGGAGCUCAGAGACUGCAGCUCCAAGACAGCACGGCAGCUAUAG